UUCCCGCAGUAGUUUGUGUCUCUGCCCCUCCCACAAUGCGGAGAUUUCCCGCAUGUAGUUUGUGUGUCUCUGCCCCUCCCACAAUGGGGAGAUUUCCCCGCAGUAGUUUGUGUCUCUGCCCCUCCCACAAUGCGGAGAUUCCUGCAGUAUAUUUGUGUCUCUGCCCCUCCCACAAUGCGGAGAUUUCCCGCAGUAGUUUGUGUCUCUGCCCCUCCCACAAUGCGGAGAUUUCCCGCAGUAGUUUGUGUCUCUGCCCCUCCCACAAUGUGGAGAUUUCCCGCAGUAGUUUGUGUCUCUGCCCCUCCCACAAUGAGGAGAUUUCCCCUGUAGUUUUU